AUGCCACAAAAAAAGAGGAAAAGAAGUGCAUCAAAAGGAAAUGCAAUGGAGAUGAAAAAGAAUCGUUUGUCAAGAGACAGACAUUAUACACUCAGUAUUAACUCACUCGAGAAAGUGGAGGAAGAAGAAGUUGAUAAAGACGUCCCCAAAGAUAGAGAUUCAAGGGAAACACAGCUUCAAGAAGCUGCCAUAUCGGGAGACGUUGAAGUCGUAGAAGAGUUGAUUUCAAAAGGAAUAGCACCGUCUAUAACUGAUGGGUUUGGCCGCACUCCACUGCAUAACGCCAUACUAGGCAAUCAGCUACGUAUCGUAGAGAUUUUACUCGGCAAGGGUGCAAAUGUCCGAGUCCAGGAUGAAAGAGGUGACACGCCUAUUCACACAGCUGUAAGAGCUGGUAACGAGAAAAUAUUGAAGAGAUUGUUGCAAGAACCUGAAUGUGACGUCAACGCAACUGGUCGCAGCAAUGUCACGCCGCUUCAUCUGGCGGCUGGAAUGGAUCGUGUCCAAGUCUGCAAACUGCUGAUUGAACAUCAAGCUAAGAUAAACAAUAGAGAUGACGAUCAAAUGACACCUCUGGGUCAUGGUGUGGAGAGAGGAGCCAAAGACGCCGUCAGCUAUUUGUUUUAUUAUGCCCGCUCCCAAAAGUUCGAUUUGGAUUCAUUUCUUUACAAGGCUGAUUUGGAUGGCUCUUCCCUUCUACAUAUGGCAGUUGAUGGUGGAAAUAUUAAGAUUGUAGAGCUGUGUCUACUAAAUGGGUCCAGAGUGCGAUGUCCAAAGACCUCUGAUAAGAGCACAGCCUUUCAUUUGGCGUGUGCACAAGGCUCCAUGGAAAUUGUCAAACUUUUGGCCAGUUAUGACCUUUCAAUUUGUCGAAUAACGCUGCUCGACGCCGAGGGACAGACACCUCUCCAUAGAGCUGCCACUAACAAUCACGUGUCUGUGGUUGAAUAUCUUCUGGAUCAGGGCGCCGCAAUAGACCCCCCUGACAAGUCACGACGCACUCCCCUAUACCAAGCAACUUCCAAGGGUGCAGUAGACACAGUGGGUUUCCUACUUAAGCGAGGUGCUGACGUCACUGUGAAGACUAUACAACUGAGAUCAGUGAUCCAUGCCGCUGUUCCUUUCCCCAAUGUCAUGGAGUUGCUGUUGAGGGUGCCUUCCUCUGCGUAUCUUAUCACAGAUAAGGAUUACAAAAGCCUGACACCAGCUGACUACGCGGCAGCAAAGGGACAAUCCAAGACCAUCUCACUUCUGAUGGAAACCAACAAAGCUGCCGCUAGUUCGACGUCAAACGAAUUGGACACACCUCUGCAUAUCGCAGCAAAAUUCGGGUGGUUGCCAAUAGUGGAGAGUCUCUUGGUUGGACGAAAUGUUCGUAUGAUAAAUUUACAGAACAACAAAGGCAUGACUCCUCUUCAUCUUGCUUGUUCCGAAGGAAAUGACCUGGUGGUCGAGUACCUCAUGACUAAAGCAGCAACCAUAGAGAAGGACCAAAAUCAAAAGACAGCCUUGCAUCUAGCAGCCUCCCGGGGUUCAAAGAGGUGCAUUGUGUCCAUCUUGGAAACACAUCCGGAGUGCCUGAACAAUGUGGACGAAAAUAAGAAUACAGCUUUAAACCUGGCCUCAUUUGAAGGUCACGCUGAGAUUGUUGUGUAUUUAUUGUCACUUAAAGAUCAAGAAAUUCUGAUGAACGCCUAUAAUCAGAAUGUACUGGACAUAGCGCUUAAGGAGGAUAAAAAGAACGUUGCCAUUGCGAUUGCAGAGCAUGAUCGAUGGAGGGAGAUUCUGAAUUCAUCAGCGCCAGGCUCCUUGCUCAUGAUGCAAGAUCUGGUUAUCAAGAUGCCAGAAGUUGCGGAGGCUAUUUUGGAUCAGUGCGUAACGGAGGAAGGUGACCAAUUGAAACCUCAUUUUAGAAUCAGGAGAGAUUUAACAAUAAUUCAACCAAAGUACGUCCCAAAUCCUGAGAAGGACCAGCUGACUGUGCUGAAGACUAUGGUAAAAUAUCGCCGUGAUAAGUGCCUUACUCACAAAGUCGUCUUCAAUCUCGUGCAUUUAAAGUGGAAGAAGUUCGGUUUCACAUCCCUCAUUUUCAGCCUAUUUCUCUAUCUCACGUACCUACUAUCGCUGACUGCCUUGGCUAUGUACUCUCGAGACAACGAAAAGAAGAUCUGUGCGCCAAACGACACAGACAUGAGAAGGGAUUAUCUUGAGGACAUGCCCACCACUCGCUCCGAUAUGUUCAUUCAAGUGCUUACUUACGUCGUUCUUGUACUCACGCUUGUCCAUUUAGCGAGUGAAGUUUUUCAAUUACUCAAAAAGCGUGCAAACUACUUGGUAUCCGGCUCAAACUAUAUUGUGCUUACUGGAUACAUCAUUACAAUGUUGUACAUUUUCCCCCCCAACGACUGCAAGUCUGGCUUCCAAAUCCAAAUUGGAGCCCUUUCUUUGUUCUUCGGUUGGAUGAAUCUGAUCCUCUAUUUACGAAAACUUUCCUUUUUGGGAUCAUACGUCAUCAUGUUGGCCACGAUGUUUAUCACGUUGUUUAAGGUGUUAGUGCUGUUUCUUUUGUUCAUCUUGGCAUUCGGUACAACUUUCUACAUGCUGACUGACGAAAACGAAUCAGCAACUUCACUGCCGAAGUGGAUUCUGACUAUUUUUGUGAUGACUCUGGGAGAGUUGAAUUACGCUGAUAACUUCAUGCCCUGGGAGUACCCUUUCGCCACCCUGAUCAAUACCCUCUUUGUCCUUUUCGUCCUUGCAAUGCCUAUCAUUCUCAUGAAUAUGCUGGUAGGUCUUGCUGUUGGGGACAUUGACAACAUCCAGAAAAAUGCCACAAUGGACAGAUACGUUAUGCAGAUAAAGAUGUUACUGGAAACCGAGGAACAACUUCCACGCUGUCUACGCAAAUAUGUUCAAUUCGAAAAAUUUGUCGAAUAUCCCAACAAAAAACUUCCGUUGAAAACAAGGUUAUACGAUGCCAUAUGUGGUUUUGGUCAUCCGGGAGGUGAUGAGAACGAAAAAGACGAACAUGAUGUCCCUCGUGAAAUAAUUGACAUAAAAACAAAAGUAGAGGAACAGGAAACAAAAAUUAAUGAGAUCAGCAACAUGUUAAGGAAACAAUCAGAGAUGUUGGAAGUCCUUGCUCAGAAAUCGAAACUGAAGGAAGGAUAG